AUGGUCGAGGGACGAGAGGCGUGUCUUUUCUAUUCGAAAACAAACGGAUGCAGAUAUGGACACGAGUGCACAAAGGUCCACAGAAUCCCCACAAGAAGCAGGGUUGUUGUCGUGAAGGCAAUGUAUCUGUAUCCCAAGAACGACCCAGAAUCCACACUGGGUGAGGAGUCGGUCCAGAUCCACCUUGACCUCUUCUACGAGGAUUGGUUCACCGAGUUGUCUGUAAAGUAUGGAGCUAUCAGAAAGCUUGUGAUUGCUUCGAAUAGUUGCAUCCAGAUUCUGGGGAACAUCUACAUUGAGUUUCAUGAGGAGGAGGCAGCAAUGAGGUGUGCAGAAGAGAUAGGAAGGAGAUAUUACGGUGGGAAGAGGAUAGUUGCAGAGCUCGGCAACUGCUACAGAACAGAUGACGGGACAUGCACCGAGCACGAGAGGGGUUUGUGCGGGAAGGGAGAGAAAUGCGGGUUUAUACAUGCAGCAAGGGUGUCUAGGAGUCUUGUCGAGGAACUUCUUGCCUCCCAGGCCCUACUAUAUCCACGGACAAGUGAUGCUAACAGGAUUGGUCCUGGUCCCAAAGAUACCAUACCCCGAGGAAAAUGCCCAGGAAGAUCUCUAGGAGACGGCACGCACGAUGGAAACUAUCGGACGGACCGAAGAAGGCUGAAUGACCAAGAAUCAUGGACAAAGCGGCCCAGGGGUGUGUGGAAUGGAGGUCAGAGGCGAUAUGUCCGCGAUGGUGGGAAUGGAUCUUGGUAUAGAAGAGACUAG